UCUUUGUGAUCUUCUGUACUGUCUAUGCCACCACCCUGGUGGGGAAUUUGGGCAUGAUUCUCUUAAUCAGGUCCAGCCCACAACUGCAUACCCCCAUGUACUUCUUACUUGGCAACCUGUCUAUCUUGGACAUCUGUUACUCCUCAUCCGUUACCCCAAAGUUCCUAAGCAAUCUCUUAAAGGAGAAGAAAGUAAUUUCUUUUGCCGGUUGUUUUACUCAGCUUUUCUUUUAUGCUGUAUUUGCCACCACUGAGUGUUACCUGCUGGCAGUGAUGGCCUAUGACCGCUAUGUGGCUAUCUGCAACCCACUGCUCUACUUAAUCACCAUGUCCCAAAGAAAGUGCAUUGAGUUAGUUGCUCUUUCCUAUGCAGCUGGAACAAUAAAUGCUUUGGUGCACACCGUUGCUGCAUCAAGACUAUCCUUUUGUGGUCCAAACAUCAUUCAGAAUUUUUACUGUGAAAUUCCUCCCAUACUGCAGCUGUCCUGCUCAGACAUUAUUCUCAAUGAAAUUUUGAUGUUCGUCUUUGUUGGGUUCAAUAUUAUAGCAACCACUUCAACUAUUCUCUUUUCUUACACUUAUGUUCUGGUCACUGUUUUAAAGACCCACUGUGCUAGGAGCCGAAAGAAAGCCUUUUCCACCUGCACAUCUCACCUCAUGGUUGUCACCAUUUUUUAUGGAUUUGGUGGCCUCAUGUAUAUAAGACCUAGUUCUAGGCAAACCCACCACCUUGACAAAAUAGCCUCUGUGUUCUAUGUAGUGAUGACUCCCAUGCUGAACCCUUUGAUCUACAGUCUGAGGAACCAGGAAGUCAGGAGUGCCUUCCAAAAAGUCCUGGGAAGAAAUCUUACAUUUUACAAAAGCUUUUUUAUAAAAUAG